UACAGUGUAGAAGUUGAGUUACCCUUACCCACUAACAUCACACAAAAUUCACAUUUUAUAGUUUGUCUCUUUUCAUGAAACAAACAGAGGACUCUGUUUUUCUCUAAUCACCACCAUGCCCCGUUCAGCUCCCAAACCUUACGAUUGCGUCAAAAGAACAUGGCACAGUCAAAUACACCAACCCGUUCGAGGAACUCUCAUUCAAGAAAUUUUCAGGGUUGUCAACGAGAUACAUACCUCUUCCACUAAGAAGAAGAAAGACUAUCAAGAGAAGCUUCCCGUUGUUGUCCUCAAGGCAGAGGAAAUUAUUUACUCCAAAGCCAAUUCCGAGGUGGAAUAUAUGGACCUUGCAACUCUUUUGGACAGAACCAAUGCUGCCAUUGAUACAAUAAUUCGAUGUGAUGAGCACACACAAACUGGAGAGUAUCUGCGACCUUGCAUCGAAGCUGCUCUGAGUUUGGGAUGCUCUCUGACAAAAGCUUCAAGGAGUCAGCCCAACAACCAACGUUGUUACCUAAAUCGCAACACUGAAGAGGUUCGCAAUCUCUUCCAUGAUCUCUCAACAAAAUCGCAAUAUGUGUCUGAGCAUGUAGCUUCAACCAGUAAAAAACAGUGCGUGGAACAUCAAGCACCACCAAAUUUGUUUUCAGUUUAUCCUUUGUACUAUGGUAAUAACAUUCAACUGGACGAGUCUCAACAUGGGUUCAACGUGUCACAUGUAUCUGUUUCUCACACCGGUGGACCUACCCCUGUUGUUGGUGCUGAAAGUCCCCUAGCCCAUAACUUCAAUUCUUCAAGUGGGGGCUCCCAAUCAUUCAUUUUCAAUGGGGAUUUUGAGAAUCCAUGCACAAACAAGUGUGAUCUAUCAUUGAGGUUAGGACCAUCUAGUAGUGUACCAUACCCUAGUUUUGAAAAUGGUCACAUUCGGGAAACUGAAGUGAAAAGCAGGUUUAAUUGUUGGAACCCCUUAUAAAGGGGAAAAAAGUAUGUAGCUUCAAGGGCAUAGAGUGCAACCAACGGCAGUACAACAACCGACGUGGGUUUUAAGGUUUGUUUUCCGCUUUAGAUUGGGUGUGUACUAACUUUGAGAAACCGUGGUCUCUCUGUAGACUAGAUUUGUUUGUUAAAAUUAAUGCAAACUAUCGUUUUAUCA